GAUCAUUUGAGAGGGCCUUCCAAGAAAGUUUAAAAAUGGAGAUCAUAUCACCUAGGUCUGGAGUUCCUUUUCUCGCACCGUGUAAUAUCAGCACUUUCUGUUGAUGUAUUCAUAAAAGAUUGAACCCCCACAGUGUUACAGACUGCAACGAUUAAUAUAGGUCGAUAGACCUAUCCUAACUACUGAAGACUGAAAUCAACCUUCGGAUAAAGCCGCAUUAUAUAAACUCCUGCGUUAAGACGUUAAGACGUACGGGUAAAUUGUAUGCUAGAAAUUGUAAACUUGAAAGAACCAUAUUAACUUGGAUUGUCUAUGUGUUCUGUUCUGUGGAUUUUUUCUUAUUUCGCAUUGCUGUUUUACCUAUUCAUAAUUUUGUUUUGCAUUACCGUUGGAUUGUUUUACGUAACUGAGCUAGUGGAAGAAUAUAUUGUCACUACGGGCAAGAUAAUACGCUAUACGAUAUAUGCAGAGAUAGUACUUCAUUUCAUUCUUCUGAUAACGGACGAUGUUCCUGUAAUACUUGUACUGACUGGAUUAGUUUGUCAUUGUUUUUACAGUUCAAUGUUAAAAACAUUUCCGGCUUUCCAUUAUCAGUCUUUCAGCUUUCUCGGUAGUGCUUUCAUGUUAAUUAUUCACCACUUAGUUGCAUUUCGUGCAUUUUCAUACAACCCAAGUCCAUUCUCUUACCUCGUAGCGUAUUUUACAUUUUUCUUAUGGGCCGUUCCUUUCCUUUUUUUAAUCUCAUUAUCAGCAAACGAUUUUGUUCUACCACAAACAGUUGAAUAUCAGUUUUCUGUUGAAAGUGAUUAUUUAUUACAGAGUCAACAGAAAAAACAUGAUCUAGUUUCUGCAUAUUUCAAAUGUAAAAGAAAGAGCUUGUAUACAUUUCUUGCUCAUUUACGUGAAUUCAGCAUUCCUUUACGUACCAAAAAGGGCUUCUAACUUUUGGUAAUCGGUUUAAAGUUGAGGCUAAUUAAAUGAUACUCUAUUUUGGUUUUUCAUGAAUAAUCGAAAUCUUGCCUGCAUAGUUUUGUUUUGUCUAUGUACCUUCAUAAUCCUAUUGCAGUCGUUAACGUUUGUACCUAAGUUCCUGAAAAAGAUUUUUUUUUCCAUAAUGUGUAUUUUGACUUACUAAAAUAAAAUUACCUCAGUUGAGUCCACUAUGGCGUAUACUUCUUUUAGCUGCUAUAGAUCCACUGUUCUGUUUUUACUGAACUUCUACUUAUCUACUUAAAGUGUAUUUACAUUAUUAGUGGAUUGUACUGUAAGUUUGUAAAUAAUGUGCAUUCAUGUUCUUAUAUUUAAUGGAAAUUAUUAUAACAAAAAAGUAUGUAGCUGAACAAACCUUUUUUGUGCUCUAGGUUAUACGAAGCCCCCAAAUGCCCUGGUACGGCUGAGAGUGGGGAGAGUCCGCUCUCCCUCUCGAAAUGCUCUC